AUGCUGGUGUCACAGUGGAAUAGGUGCUGCGUGGUGUUCGUUCUCGUGGCUUCGCUCAGGACGCACCAGGUGUCAGCCGCGCGACCCAAGGCGAACUCCAUCAAGCCAGGACAGCUCUUGGAGACGGCCGCUCCAGCAACCAACCACACCGCCUCUGCGCACGGAGGGAUGCCAAGGAAGCACAGCCUGCUGACACACGUGAGUCUAGACCUAGUUUACGUUGUGAAGAGGCAUUAA